AUGAUCGUGCUUCUGCUCGUAGGAAUGCUGAUGGCCUCACGUGGCACUCUAGCCCAGCACGUGGGCGGCGGCAGUGUGGUGCUAAGCCUGCUCUCCUCCUCGAUUAUAGGGGCCCACCCUCUGGACACCCCACAUCUUCCAUGGGAGCUGCCUCCAGGACUCUCAGAAAAUAUCAACAUGACUUUCUUCAAUGGGGUGUUUAAAAAUGUGGGAGGAGUGGCCGAAAUUUUUGACUGCCUGGGCUCCCACUUCACCUGGCUGCAGGAUGUCUUCACCAACUUCCCCGCGCUGCUCCAGUUCGUGAGUGGUAUGAAGUGUGUGGCUGGUCUCUGCCCCCGGGACUUCGAAGACUACGGCUGUGCCUGCAGGUUUGAGAUGGAAGGGCUGCCUGUGGACAAGCCUGACAGCUGUUGCUUCCAGCAUCGCAGGUGUUACGAGGAGGCUGCAGAGAUGGACUGUCUGCCAGACCCUGCCAAGCUUAGCACAGAUGUCAACUGUGUCAGCAAGAGUAUCACCUGUGAGUCCGGGGACGCUUGUGAGCGCCUGCUGUGUACCUGUGACAAGGCUGCCAUAGAGUGCUUGGCUCAGUCCAGCAUCAACUCUUCCCUGAACCUUCUGGACACGUCCUUCUGUCUGGCUCAGCCUCCAGAGACAACCAGCAGGAAAGAGCUGCUGACACUUCUGCCCAGAGUGGUUCCUGUGGAGCCCACGGACUCCAGCCUGACGGCCCUCUCAGGAGAAGUGGCGGCUGAGACCAGAGCUGCCCGACUGACCAUUCUCUCCAGGACAAAACCAGGCCAAGUUCAGGAAGACACAGAAGAUGCAAGGACCACACCUUCUCCAGGGUCUGCAGAGAUUGCUGCCACAGCUAAAGGUGUAACCAUCGUCCCUGCCGGCAUUAAAUCUUUGGGGUUGGCUGUGUCAUCCGUCAGAAGUGGUCCUGAGGAGACAUCUGGAAAAGCCUGUGACAGGUUCACCUUCCUGCACCUGGGAAGCGGGGACAACGCUUGGGUGAUGCCGCAGCUUGGAGAGAUGCUCUUUUGUCUGACAUCCCGGUGCCCGGAGGAAUUUGAAUCUUACGGCUGUUACUGCGGGCAGGAAGGACAAGGCGAGCCAAGGGAUGCUCUGGACAGGUGCUGUUUGUCCCAUCACUGCUGCCUGGAGCAGGUGAGAAGGCUGGGCUGCCUGCUCGAGAGGCUUCCUCGGUCACCAGUGGUAUGCGUGGAUGGUACCCCCAAGUGUGUGGGGCAGAGCCUGUGCGAGAAGCUGCUUUGUGUCUGCGACGAGACGGCGGCUGAGUGCCUGGCCUCCGCCUUCUAUAACCACAGCCUCAAGUCACCUGGCAGACAGGAGUGCCAGGGCCACCGGCCGUCCUGCGAGGAUGGCAGCAUUUCAGCUUCGUCCCUUGGCUCCAGCUCUGAGGAGAACAGCGAGGAGGCCCCGCCCCCCAGGGAGGGCCUGAGAAGAACCAGAAGAUUCCUGGGGAAGUCACUUGGUCUCCUGGGGACCAGGCCACAACGUGGCCCCAGAUAG